GUCUUUGUGUUCAACAGAUUCAGUUCAGACUAGAAUGGCGACCGCAGUCUGCGGUUUGCAGUCCAGCGGCAGUAACAGUAAACCAACGACUCACCGAGAACAACGGAGGAAAGUGAAAGACUCCCGGCGGAGACAGGCGGCUCUACUCUUUCUUAGCAAUAUCUCGCUUGACGGACGACCUCAGCCUCAGGUUAGCGUUGGAAAUGUUGACCAAAACGCCCCCGAGGAGCCUCGACUCACAGAUGGAGACGGCGGCGAGGCACUCGAGCUACUACCGGCUGAUUGCCAAGGACCUGUCGCUCAGGUGACAGACCCCGCUGCGGCUGGUAGUGGAUCCUUCUCGAGUUUUCCAGGGGUUCUCAGUCCUAUCCGACCGUCUUCAGUAACGUCUCCCGGAGUUACUGCCAUAAGUUCUGUGGGACCCAACGAGGUAUUUUUAGAAGGAGGCAGUGCGGUCGAGACGCCGACUCCAGACACUCCACUGUCUCCGGUCCCCGCUGCACACCAACCCUGCUCGCGAGUUAAAUCAACGCCCGCCGCUCUCAGCCCAGUCCCGCCCGGUAGUUCUCUGGAUACGCGGCAGAGGUUGAGGAACAUCUCUGGUUCUCCUGGACCCAAGGUGCCAAAGAAGGUCCACUUCAUCAAGAGUAUGAGGCAGUAUGAUACCAGGGGAAGUAGGAUCAUGCUGAUUUGUGCCAAGCGGUCGCUAUAUGCUGCUUUCUCAGUGCUGCCGUAUGGAGAGAGUACUCAUCUCAGUGAUCCUAAGAUGGACCCUCAGAGACAAAGACUGUCCUCUGUGGUGGCUGCUGAUCUGCUUCCUUCCCUGGAAGGUGUUGAGCUAGGCGCCUUCGGCAAGACGGUGUCCUAUGCACAGUUCCUUUAUCCUACCAAUGCCUUGGUGAGACAGAAGAGCAACAAUAUGCUGGACAGCUGUGCAGCUCAGACCUCUCAGUCUCGUUUCCGUGGCAACGGACAGAAGAACUUUACCCCUGCUCGUCCGAGCAACAACGUAGCACAAGAUCCAUAUGUGGAAGAGGUGGCCGAGUACGACCCGAACCUACUCAGUGACCCUCAGUGGCCCUGUGGGAGACACAAACGGGUCCUUAUAUUUCCAUCGUACAUGACGACCGUUAUUGAAUAUGUGAAACCGUCUGAUCUGAAAAAGGACAUGAAUGAGACGUUCAAGGAGAAGUUUCCCCACAUUAAGCUGACACUGAGCAAGAUAAGAAGCCUGAAGAGGGAGAUGAGGGCCGUGAGUGAAGAGUGCGGACUUCAGCCGGUCACCAUAGCGAUGGCUUUUGUAUACUUUGAGAAGCUGGUGCUACAGGGCCGUCUCAACAAGCAGAACAGGAAGCUGGUGGCAGCUGCGUGUGUGCUGCUGGCUGCAAAGAUCAGCAGCGAUCUGCGGAAACCUGAAGUCAAACAGCUCAUAGAUAAACUGGAGGAGCGUUUUCGUAUAAACAGACGGGAGCUGAUUCCUCUGGAGUUCUCGGUCCUGGUUGCCUUGGAGAUGGGACUGUACCUCCCCGAGAGCAAGGUCAUGCCACAUUACCGCAGACUGGUGCAGCAAGGUUAGACGAGCCAAGAGGAUGGAGCCAGAGUGCAGGCGGCAGUUCGACCACUUUACAAGCUGUGCUGUUUGAAACAAAUAUUUCUGGUACUAUUUAUUUUCACUACGAACGGGGAAAAAAGAACUGGUGUAAAUUCUUUGUUAAAUACUAUAGACUCGAUGGCGUGCGUCUCCUUGAAUGCCUUUUUGUACAUGUGACGUUCUGAUGUUGAUCCAGUCAUGAACUCUAUGUUAGAGAUGUUUAAUGAGCACGUUAAUUGUGCUUUGAUUUUGGGUUUCUCAUGACAUGUUUUUGGCAGUGUUGUAAUUUAAAUGAAAUUUAUGCUGUGAUUUGUGGAAAACUCCUGCACCAUACAGCCUGUAUAGUAUUUAUUCUAACAUAUAAAGAACCAUACUGUAGAAUUUUAAAUGCCUUUUCAACACACUGUGACACAUAAGUAUUUUUAGCCAUCAGACUGAAACAUGACACUGUAGCUCAUGUGUACAAAACUAUUUUAGUGAAAGAAGUGGCCUUUUAAUUUAUGUCCACUUGGUAUCUGUACAUUUUAUAUCACAAUAAUCCAGCACAAUUCACGGAUAGAUUGAAUAAAAAAAUAAUUCAGACUUAUGGCAGCUCUGACUUGGUUGUGCUGAUAGACUGUAUUUACUCUGGUGUCACACGUAAAGAGAAUUAUGGUGGUGUGUUAUUUGCAGUACAUUUGGGUUUGUUUGUGAGAUCUUGUAAAAUGCUCUGGUGUUAAAUUCAUCACUAGUCUGGUUAGUUGUCACAUCUUUUAUUUCUCAGGAAUUUUACUUUCUUGUUUCUUUAAGUAGCUUAUCAAAUCUAAACCCAAAGAAGUUAUCGCCACUCCGCUGUCGGUCAGAGGGCGAUAACUGAUUGCAGUGCUUUGUGAUUUUUAAAUAAAUGAAUGGAUGUAUGAGUUGCUUCAGCAACAAACAGCAGUAUAUCACUUCAGAUUUGGAUUCUCAUUAAGUUUGGUGAAAAAGUGCCUGAAACCACAGUGGCAGUGAAACGGUUAAUAACUGAAUAAUGUGAUACUUAACGGUUGAAUUUCUCUGUCUCACUUUAAAUGUUCUAGCUCAGGAGAGAUGAUCACAAUGGCAGGCUGAGUGACGUUGGGUCAGAUUGUUUGCAUUCGAUGUAAAAUUAACUUAAUGUCCAAGUUACUGAUCUGUGUGUCAAAUUGGUAAAUAUUGUGUGCUCAUACUGUCCAGUCAUAUAAAUGUUUUUGAAAUAUAUUUUAAGAUGCAAAAGGAAUUAAAUCGGAUCUCUUUUUCCACCUCCU